CGGGUAAUACAGUCAAAUCGGAAUGCCACUCAAAGUGUAUGAGUGCAGUGAAUGUGUAUUGCUUGCUUGAAGAACCAAGCAAGAACUAUCUAAGACCGUGGACACGAUCGUCGUAUAUAUCUAUCUACGUAACCAAUAACAGUGGUUCCGUUGUCCCGUGGUCCCGCGUCCGGGUCACCGCCUGGCCGGACCUGUCCCGCGCCCCCGAGCUCCAGAGCUCGGAAUCCUGGAACGCUCUUGAUUGGCUCGCGCCAAAAGUGCAUGUCCCACCUUUGUGCAUAACCACAGGGAAUCCACAGGGAUUCGUGACAG